AUGGAAGAAGUGCUCAGAGCGCUAAACUCAAUAAAAAAUGAACUCAACGAACAACGCUUGGAAAUUAGAGCAACUGGCAAAAACGUUACAGAAAAAGUCACGGAGAAUAUUAACAAAAUGCUCGAAGAAAAAUUUCUAGUAUGGGAAGAAAAACAUGAAAAUCUUAGAAAAGUAGUGGAAAACCAGGAAAAAAGGAUAUAUUUUUUGGAAAAGCAAGAAAGAAAACGUAAUCUGGUGAUAUUUGGGAUUGAAGAGACAGAGACAUCGUACGAAAAUUUAGAAAGGAACAUUAUUAAUUGGGCAGACCAAUAUUUUUCUAUCAAGCUAAACUAUAGCGACAUACAGGAAGUGAAAAGAAUAGGAAAAAAAGGAGUAAGACCGCGCCCAACAAUAGUAUCCUUUACAACUCUAGGCAUAAAAAUAAAUAUUUUGAAAAAUAGAUAUGCGUUGAAAAAUACCUCCUAUAACGUGAAAGAAGACUAUCCAAAAUACGUGUUAGAAAAAAGGAAAGAAUUACAGGAACAAGUACAAUUAGAGAGAGAGAAAGGAAACAAAGCCAUAAUUAAAUAUGAUAAACUCAUAAUUCUAUCAAAAAACAAUCCUAAGCGAAAACUACUGUCCUCACCACAAAAUGUAACAACUCCUAAUGCAGAAGAGAUAACUCCUAUAAAUAAAAAGAACAAAUUGCGUAAAUCUGAUGCAUUGGUACAAAGAUCAAAUAGCAUUACUGAGGGGAUUAUGAAACCGAGCAUGUUAAAUUUCCUAAUCAACAAAAAUGCGACUAACUCAGCUUGUAGUCAAGACAAACAAUAA